UUUGUCGUUCGUAGUCUAUAGUGACGAUUUAGUGUUUUCAUCAUGUAAAAAUAUAACACGUCAUGUAAUAUUACAUAGAUGGACAUACUGUAGAAUAUUAUUAUUAUUAGAAAAAAAAAUCAUUAAUUAUGAUAAUAUAUUAAUUUGACAAAUAACAUCGUAUUGAUUUUUCUCUCUUAAAUGUGAUGUAAUAAAUUUUUUCUAUAAAUUAAUAUACAUACAUAUAUAUGUAUUAUAUAAAAUACGAGAGUCAAAAAUAAAAUCAAAGAUGACUGUCGAUAAAAUUGAUAGAUCACAACAAUUUGUUAAAGUCGAUGAUAGAGGUUUUCAGCCAUCAGAAAAAUGGAGAAUAUUAAAAAAUAUUUUAAUGAUCGGAUUUGCAUUCAUGAUACACUUCACUGCCUUUAUGGGGGCGAGUAACCUUCAAAGCUCGAUCAAUGCAGAUGAAUCUUUAGGGACGUUCACUUUAGCCUCAAUUUAUGGUAGCCUCAUCUUCAGCAAUAUUUUCCUGCCAGUGGUUCUAAUAAGUUGGUUAGGAUGCAAAUGGACCAUUUCAUUGACCUUCAUUGCAUACAUGCCAUUCAUUGCUGCUCAGUUCUACCCUAGAUUUUAUACGAUGAUUCCUGCAGGAUUAGCAGUCGGUCUUGGAGGAGGACCACUUUGGUGUGCAAAGUGCACUUACUUGACGGUCGUAUCAGAGGCUUAUGCCAGUGUCUCAGAUUUAAGUGCCGAUAUUCUAGUCACGAGAUUCUUUGGUCUUUUUUUCAUGUUUUACCAAAUGGCUCAGGUCUGGGGAAAUCUCAUUUCAUCAGCUGUACUCUCAUAUGGAAUGGAAGCAAAGGAAGUGGAAAAUGUAUUAAAUAGCACAGUGGUAUCAGAAAUUUGUGGAGCACAAUUUUGUGGUAUCGUUGAAGCAAAUCCAAAUUUAGAAGCACCAGCACCAGAAAGAAUUUGGAUGAUUUCAGGGAUUUAUUUAGCUUGUAUGAUCAUUGCGUGUCUGAUCGUUGCAUUUGGCGUAGAUUCCUUGUCAAGAUACGAUAGAGGCAGAAAGGGAUCAGCAACUGGAACAUCUGGUUUGAAAUUGUUAGCAGUGACUUUGAAAUUGUUGAGAGAGAGAAGUCAAUUAUUAAUUUUGCCACUGACAAUGUUCAUAGGAGCCGAACAGGCCUUUCUCUUUGCUGAUUAUACUGCUUCGUUUGUUUCCUGCGCCUGGGGUAUUAAUAAUAUUGGAUAUGUGAUGAUAUGCUUUGGUGUGACUAACGCUAUUGCAGCAUUGGCCACUGGUUCAAUAAUGAAACUGACGGGAAGGAUUCCCGUAAUAAUCUUUGCUUUUUUUCUCCACAUGGGAAUUCUCAUUGCCUUGAUCCUUUGGAAACCUUCGCCAGAACAAGGUCCCAUAUUCUUUGUUAUAUCCGGCCUCUGGGGAAUUUGUGAUGCAAUUUGGCUUGUUCAAGUCAAUGCGUUAUGCGGCUUGCUGUUUCCAAAUAAGGAAGAAGCCGCGUAUUCAAAUUUUCGAUUAUGGGAAGCAACAGGAUCUGUUAUUGCCUAUGCAUAUAGUCCCUAUUUGUGUACAGUGAAAAAAAUUUAUAUUCUCAUGUUUAUACUUUGUGUUGGUAUGAUUGGUUAUGGAGUAAUUGAAAAAACUGGCGCAGUGAGAAGAAUUAGCAAAGAUCAAAAUAAACCCGAUUUUGAACUCGUUGCCUCAUUGGACAAGUGAACAAAUGAAUUUUAUUCUCAAUCAGAGUGGGAAAUGAGCAUUAGUCUUUGUUUUAUAUAUGAUUUGUACCACAAUAUAUGUUUUUAUUUAAUUCUUGUGGACACCUACUAGAUUUUACACAGGUAUUCGCUUAUUUUCUAAUUUUCUUCCUUCGUUUAAAUACGUUGUUUAAUGUUACAUCGUGGUUAGGUGCUAACAUUCAAAUCUAUAGCUACAUUUUUCGCUUAAAAUCUAAUUCUAUGUAUGAUUUUUUUAUCUUCCAACUGCUUCUUGUGUGCUUUACAUAUUUUUUUUUUUCUCUAUAAUCGUGGUCAAUUCAAUUUUUAUUUUCGAUAUUUUAACUCUGUACAUUGCCAAUAACGCUUUUUUUUAUUACAAAUAAAAGGGGGAAAAAAUUAUACAAAUUAAUUAAUUUUCAUUGAGAAUAAAUUCUAUUUCCAAGAAUAAAUUUUACUUUCUAGAUAGAUAUAUAUAUAUAUAUAUUUAUAACAUUUGAUUAAUUAACUAAUUAAUAUAGGAACAUUCAAUUGAUAUUUGAAUGUUUAAUCUUCGAGUAUUUGUAUCCAUUAAUUAAUCAAAAAUUAAUAACUCCAAUUAAUAAUUAAACUUCAAUUAGCUUCAAUUGGAAAUAAAUUUAAUUUCAAUGAAAAAGAAAAUUCGCGUGGCAGUUAUUUCAUUUUAAGAUACAAUUAUAAUAUGCUUUUUAUUGACCACGAAUUUAGGAGAAUGAAUUGUCUUUUUUUUUUUUUUUUGAUAAAAAAUUUCCUCAUUGAAAAGGAAGAUCGUCGAGAAUCUUAAGUUUAUGGAUUCUUUUUCUUGUUCAUAUUUUUUUUUUUUUUUUUGAAUCGUUUUCUGUGUAAAAGAUUUUUUUUUUUUGCUUUAAAUAUGUGUCUUGAUAGUGUCAAGACCUUGAUCAAUAUAAUGAAUCAAGAAGUCAAAUGAUCUUGAUUCAGUCUCGGAUCAUCUGAUUGUAUCGCGUGAGAUUUCUAACUUAACUUCGCACCUCUCUGUAUUAUAUGUACAAAUUUUUUUUUUCUUUUUUCUUCAUGUUAAUCGCAUUUUAUUUUUUAUAAAACGUAAUAGGAACUUUGGUUUCGCUGGGCAAUGUUUUAUUAACAGUUUCCUUGAAAAAUUGAAAUUUUUUCAAUAAUAAAAUAAAAAUUAUUUAAACUUUUUUGUAAAUAAUAAUAUAAAUACUUUAUUUCAUAUUUAAUUUUUAUUUGAUACUACAAUUUAAUUAAAUAUAUUUCUAGAUUCAAAAAUGAUAAUAAAUAACAUUUGUAUAAAUUUUUAUUUUAAUUACAAAUUUUCUAUAUUUUUAGAAUCCAAAGAGUUGUUGUUCUAAUGGAAAUUGUUGUAAAACAUUGCCUUGUGGAUUUGACUUCCUUAGAAAUAUGACACGAUUAUACUUUUAAAUUCUUAAAUACUUAUAGUAAUUAAGAUUUUUUUUUUUUUUCAUAAUGUUAAAUGGAAAAGUUUACGAAGAAAAUACACAUGAUUUCUCGCUUA